UCUCAAACUCUCAGUCUCAACACACUCAUGACUCAACACUCAACAGUGCCAAGUGUUUGUAGUUGUAGUAAAGGAGUGCUGGAUAAGGGAUUUCUUUGGGGUAUAUGAUGUGCAAGAAGGCUAAUAUUAGUUUGUGACGAUUCUAUCAGUUUUUCACUUAAUUUUUAUACAAUAACAGACAGUCGAAAGCUCAUGAAGAACCUUGAAAUGAAGUUUGAAAAGUGGGAUAUCAGCCGACCUGCUUGCAAAUAUUCUCUGUUAUAAUUGCGUCAGUCAGUGUAAUUAACUAUCACUAUGAAAGAUCUUAAAAAAUCAAGCUACUCUCAAGAUACCAGAAAAAUCCGCAAAAUACUAAAUGAGGAGGCAAGACUGGGUAUCAGUGCUGACAGUGACUCAGAAAAUGAAGAGGUUGACUUGAGUAAGGAACUGCACCCUCUCAGCCAUUACUUAAACAACAGAGAGGAGAUGAUUGAGCAGAUGUUUUCAAUCAUUAAGGGAGCUAAACUGAAGAAAAUGUUGCCUCCUAUACUGAAGGACUUACCAUUGGAUGAGCUAAAAGCAGACUGUUUGAUACAUCUACUUGGCAUGUCAACAAAAAGGAUCUUAGCAACACUGGAAGGGAGAGAAAUCAACUCAUCGUCUGAUUCAGAAACACAUUCAGACAAUUCAACAACUCCAAAUAAAAAAUUUAAAAUGGCAGUAAAACCAAUUGUGAUAAAACAAGAAGGAUGUUCGGACAUCUCCGAUAACUCAGAGGAAGUGGUGCUUGUAGACCCUGAUUGUGAGAUGGUCAGUAGUUCAGCAAACAAGCAUAAAAAUACUUCUGGAGGUAAAUCGAAAAAACGGCACAAAAUAAAGCACAAGAAGAAGAUUGUUAAGGAUGGAAAUAAAAAGCCAGAAAAGAUUCUUGUCAUUAAAGAAACAUCUGGUCCUAAACAAACAGUCCAAGUAGUAGAAAAUAACAGUUCACUGGAAAGUAGCUCUGAUGAAGAACAUUAUGAAGAGCCUGUUGUAGAAGCUGGAGGUAAGAAUCUUCUGGAGAUAUUGGAGCUUGAGAUGAGAGCUAGAGCCAUCCGAGCUCUGCUUCAAAACAGUAACAAUCCUGAAGAAGAUGAGAGCGAAAACUUAGAUCACCCAAACCAAAACACAACAAAUCAGGUAGAUAAACAAACAAAGUCAUCGCAGGAGAACAAAAAAAGCUUAGGUGAAAAAAUUACUCCAGUGAGAAAUUUUAGAAAGAAGAAGCGUAAAAAUGAUGAUGUAAUUGUAAUUACUCCAAAACUUGUUACUAUAGACCUAACUGAUGAAAAUGAUCCAAAUUAUUUUAGAAACAAGACAGUUACCGAGCCACCAAACAAGUCUCCCAAGAUUGACUGUAACAAUGAAGAAAGUGGUGAUUUGUCUGAAGCAAAGACUGUUCCUGAAAGUGAUAGUUGCAUUAAUGAACAAAGUGUAACAAGUGAAUCAGUUCCUCAGAGUUAUGUACCAAAGGAAAACGAUGUACAGAAUAAUUCAGAAUCUCAACAGAAAGCAGACCAGUCAAAGAAUAGCUGGACUCAAAGGUGGUUGGAGAGUGAGGAAGUGAAGAAAGUUGUUUCCACAAGUAAGAUAUGUGGAAAUAUUCGUAAAAGAAUUAAAAGUGCUAAGUUGGCCAAAAAGAAUCAAGAAAACUCACAUAAAAUGUCAACAGAAAUUCAGGGGAGUGUCAAUGAAUAUCAGUUACUUUCCAAGACAAGUAAAGAGGCCGACUCGAAUGUAGGUGAUGGUAACAGUUCUGAAGCCAGUACUUUUCUACCAUCUGGUGAAGGAGACCAAGAAAUUGUAGGGAAAGACUCAACAUUGCCAUCAGUUGAACAAGUGCAAGACAUUACUUCUACAAAAAAUGAAACUUCUUCAGACAAAAAAAUUAUUUGUACAGAAAAAGACAUAACGCAGACAGAAAUUAAUGAUACAAAAUCCAAAUCAUCCACACACCAUAAUAACAUUUUAUCUGAAAACUUUGAAACUAAUUUGUUGCACGUAGCUAAGACCGAUUCAUUGGAAACUGAUCAAAGCGUUGAAAUGAACUCAAAAUUAGAAGGUAGUUCUCAUACUGUUAAUUUGCUGUCUGAAGUUAAACAAUCAAAUCCUGAUGAUGUAAGUAUUAAAAUUGCAAUCGAUGAUGUACAAUCAGAAAAAGAUGUUAAUACAGUAACAGCAGCUAAAAUAAGUGAGAGUAUAAACACUUGUAAAUACAUACUGUUACCUGAUACUGAAUCAAAAGAAAACAGCUUGGAGAUAAAAGAAUUAGAUUCUGAAGUAGAAAGUAGUAUUAAAGCCUUACACCAAAAUCAAAGUCAAGAUUCAGGUACAGAACAUGAUAUAAGCCAUUCAAAACCCAUAUUAUGUGAACCCAAUUUACAUUUAGAAGAUAAUCAUGAUAGAAAUACAAUAACAACCCAAGAUAAAGUAAAAAGCACAAGUGUGUAUAUGUCUGACCUAGCUAUAGCAGAAAAGAGGAUGUCUUCAUGUAUUAGUCCAACUCAAGAAAAUGAACCUGAGACUUUAGAAAUAAAUAUUACUGAUGAAGAUCGAGAAAUAGAUGGUAUUGAUGAUAAGUUGGAAAUAGAGGAUUCAAAUAUAACAAACAAACAAAACAUUGAAAUAAUAGAAAUUAAUUAGGUGUAUCAGUAGUGUUUCUAUAUUAAUUAAAUAGAGAAACCUUUGAAUACAAACUUUAACAUUCUGUUAUCAAAAUGUUUGAGAAUAAUUGAAGAAAAUCAGUUUGGCUGAUAGAUAUUUUCUUAGCAGCCAUAAUGGUUAAAAUUGGAACAUAUCAUGUAGAUUCUAAUAUUAUGUGUAGUGUCAUCUUAAUAUUUUCAGUCAUUGAUGAAAACAAAACAGUUUAUUUAUUACUUUAAUUUGUAAUGUCAGAUUAUAAUGUAUGUUAACUAAUUAUGUAAGUUAUAAACUAUUAAUAUAGAGCUGAUUUAUAGAUACUGAAAAUAAUUAGUUCAAAACCAUUGCAAUUUGUUGUUUUGAAACUAAUAAAUACAGUUAGUGUACUGGGUUACCAGCAGAUUGCAUAUAAAUAAGUACAUAUACUAAUAAAUAAAUUGACAGUGAUAACAUUCAUUAAAAAAACAAUUAAACUUCCCAAUUCUAUUAUUGUAAUGGGCCACCAUUGUGAUCUUAGAAAACAUAUAAUAUCUGACAGCAAACUUUAAAUGAGGAAUCUUUCCUUUGUUUUUAGAGGCAUUUAAAAAUACGUGUCUCAAUCUUUUAGAAACUUUUCCGAAAUGGCGGUUAACUUUGUUUUUUCUUGUAUUUCUACAACUACUACUCUGUAUAUUACCAUUAUUUUUUAUAUAAAAAUUAAUUUAAAAUUGUUUGCCCUUUUUUAUAUGUUCAUUAAUAACGAAGGUAUGAGAGCUCAGUGUUGAGAUUUCUUAUAGAGUUUAACAAUGAGAAAAUGUUUUUUUUUAAGCAUCCAUUUCAAUGCUCUACACUCUAAAUUAAUUAUCAAAGCUCGUUUUAUUACAUUGUAAUGUUAAAGAUGAAUUGAUUAUGGUCAUAAUUAUUAAAACAAAAGUUAAUUAGUAAAAAAGUAUUGAAACGAAUUAAAAUAUAUUUAAACUCAAUAAUGAUAUUAAAAAAAAUAUCCAUCCCAAAAACUAUUUCAAAAGCUAAUUGUUAAAGUAAUCUUUUUUUAAUUUUUUUAAAGCAUUGUUUAGGACAGUAAAGUAUUAUAUAGCUUUAAAGACAUCGCUACAUCAAUGUUCAUGGUUUUUUUGGUCUGUAACUGAUUAAACGAUUAUUCCUACCAUAAGUAUUGUAUUGAAAUGAAUUGAUCAAUUUACUAUACAUUUUUGAUUACUUGAUCCAGAUCUUAUAAAUAUGGAUUAAUAAUAAUAGUCAAUAUCUUCAAUAAAUGAGUAAAAGGAUUUUUAUAAUGGGCAUUAUUUUCAGAAAUUUAAAUUGUUCUUAUUGUUUUCUUUUGUAACAAUAAGAUGUCUUGAAUGAUGAAAUAAAACUAGAAUAACCAUUAAAUUCAUAUACUUGUUUUCUAUAUUUUCUUUACAUUAUUCUCUUAGUUUUAGAUGAAGUGAUGUAAUUUAAAUUGUUGUGACAUUAUUUAUAUUAUCUUAAAGUUUAUCAAUACUUUGUUUAUACUUGUUUAUCUGAUAUUGUCUUUCAAGCUAUUUAUUUCAGUAAGUAUGUUUUUUAUCAAAAAGAUAUUGAUAUUAAUUUAUUGUAUAAAGUAUUGAUAAAAGUUAUUUAUCAUUCUAGUUUUUCUGGUUUGUUUGUUUAUUUUGUUGGUGUAAAUAAAGCAUAAUUAAUUUAUUAAACUGUUA